UGUCAGAAAAUGACCACUGAUGUGAAAGUGCUCAACAAGCUUACGGACGACGGAUGGUAUAAGAUGGAGCAAGUUGGUUAUUGCGUCAAGGGAAAGAACUGUGGAGCUACACAAGCACUCAGAGAGCUUCAUAUGAAGAAAAAUCUUUCGGACAUCGUCUACACGUCGGAUGAUAGUGAGUUCGAAAUGCUGAAUAAGAAUGUACACUAUGCAGGCACAGGGACAGGCCCUUUGUGUUACUUAUGGUAG